AUGGAGCGGAGUCCCGAAGAUGUUGGGUACUCACCAUUGCCUACCGCCACGCAUGAGGAAGGCGAGAGCCUCAACCAGCUAUUCGAGUACACGCUGAUUGGUUGGGCACUGAAGAACGACGACCAGCAAUCGACGCUGAAGCGCAAGACCCGCCGGUCUCUCAAUAAGAACCCAAGGCUCGCAGAAGGGACAAUUUGGGUCGAACGGUAUAUCGAACGCAUCCCGCUGAUCUGGAUCAUUGAUGCGAUUCAGUUGGAAGAGGAUCUCAUGGCAGAAGAUGUAUAA